AUGUUGAAUAGAAUCAAUCUCAUUACAAGAACGUCAUAUCACAGUAGUUAUUCACUUGGUUUCAGAUCUUCUUAUAAUAUCUCAAGAGUAAAUCCAUUUUCUAGUUGUUCAACAAUUAUGUCUGAAAAACCUGCUACUAUUACCCCUCCAGCCGCGGCUGAGGGUGAGGUGAAGAAACCAAAAACUGCCAAAGAAUUGGAAAAGGAAAGAAAGAAGGCUGAAAAGUUGGCUAAAUUCCAAGCCAAACAAGCAAAGAAACAACAACAAGAACAAAACAGUAAGGCCAAAGAACCAAAGAAGCCAAAGGUCAAGGCUGAAAAGGAAGUUAUUCCUGAAUGGGUUGAUCCAACCGUUCCAGGGGAAAAGAAGGUUUUGGUCAGUUUUGACGACCCAGCCUUCAAGUCCUACAACCCAAAGAACACCGAAAGUUCUUGGUAUCAAUGGUGGGUUAAGAAAGGUUUCUUCGAGCCAAAAUUGGAUGCUGAUGGAAAUACUUCACCAAAGGGUAGUUUUGUCAUCCCAUCCCCGCCACCAAAUGUCACUGGUGCCUUGCAUAUUGGACAUGCCUUGACUGUUGCCAUUCAAGAUUCUUUGGUCAGAUACAACAGAAUGAAGGGUAAGACUGUUUUGUAUGUCCCAGGUUUCGAUCACGCCGGUAUUUCUACCCAGUCUGUUGUUGAAAAAAACUUGUGGGCUACUGAAAAGGUCACCAGACAAGAUUUGGGAAGAGAAAAGUUCCUUGAAAAAGUCUGGGAAUGGAAAGAAGUCUACCAUCAAAAGAUCAAGUCCCAAUUCAGUUCUCUUGGUGCCUCUUAUGAUUGGUCCAGAGAAGCAUUCACUUUAUCUCCUGAAUUGUCCAAGGCUGUGAUUGAAGCUUUUGUCAGAUUGCACAAGAGUGGUUACAUUUACCGUGAAAAUAAAUUGGUUAACUGGUGUGUUCAAUUAAGAUCCGCCACUUCCAACUCUGAAAUUGAAAGUGUGGAAUACGAAGGUAGAACUCUUAUCAAGGUUCCAGGUUACGAUGAAAAAGUUGAAGUUGGUGUUAUUACCUCCUUUUCCUACCCAAUUGAAGGUACUGAUGACGCUAUUGUUGUUGCUACCACCAGACCUGAAACCAUUUUCGGUGAUACUGCUGUGGCUGUUCAUCCAAAUGAUGAAAGAUACAAGCACUUGCACGGUAAGUAUGUUUUGCAUCCAUUCUUGGACAGAAGAUUGCCAAUUAUCACCGAUGCUGAAACCGUCGAAAUGGAAUUCGGUACCGGUGCUGUCAAGAUUACCCCAGCCCAUGACGAAAACGAUUACAACACCGGUAAGAGAAAUAACUUGGAAUUCAUUAACAUUUACACUGAAGAUGGUAAAUUGAAUGACAACUGUGGUGAAUGGGCCGGUAUGAAGAGAUUUGACGCUAGAAAGAAGGUUAUUGAAUCCUUGAAAGAAAAGGGUCUCUUUGUUGAACAAAAGGACAACAAGAUGGUUAUUCCAAAAUGUACUAGAACUGGUGACAUGAUUGAACCAUACCUUAAGCCACAAUGGUGGGUCCGUCAAAGUGAGUUGGGUAAACUCGGUUUGAAGGUUCUCGAAGAUGGUCAGCUUAAAAUUAGUCCUAAAUCCUCUGAAGCUGAAUAUCUUAACUGGACUAAAUCUCUUAGAGAUUGGUGCGUUUCCAGACAAUUGUGGUGGGGUCACAGAGUCCCAGCCUGGUUUGUUAACAUUGAAGGUGAAUUCCAUGAAAGUGGCGAUGGUGAAUAUUGGAUUGUUGCCAGAGACGUUGAAGAAGCUAAGGAAAUCGCUUCCAAGAAAUUUGCUGGUAAAAAUUUCACCCUUGAACAAGAUGAAGAUGUCUUGGAUACCUGGUUUUCCUCUGGUUUGUGGCCAUUUGCUACUUUGGGCUGGCCAAACAAGACUUCUGACUUUGAAAAAUUCUACCCAACUACGUUAUUGGAAACUGGUUGGGAUAUUAUUUUCAACUGGGUCAUCAGAAUGGUUUUGUUGGGUACUGAAUUGACUGGUAAGUCCCCAUUCUCUGAAGUUUACUGCCAUCCAUUGGUCCGUGAUGCUCAAGGUAGAAAAAUGUCUAAGUCCCUCGGUAAUGUUGUUGAUCCAUUGGAUGUCAUUACCGGUAUUUCCUUGGAAGGUUUGCACUCUAAAUUAGCCAAGGGUAACUUGGAUCCAAGAGAAAUUGAAAAGGCAAAAGCUGGUCAAAAGGAAUCUUAUCCAAUGGGUAUUGCUCAAUGUGGUGCCGAUGCUUUGAGAUUUGCUUUAUGUGCUUACACCACUGGUGGUAGAGACAUCAACUUGAACAUUCUUAGAGUUGAAGGUUACAGAAAGUUCUGUAACAAGAUGUAUCAAGCCACCAAAUUUGCUUUGAUGAGAUUAGGCGAUGAUUUUGUUCCAAACGCUUCUGAAAAGCCAACUGGUCAAGAAUCCUUGGUUGAAAAAUGGAUCCUCAACAAGAUGAACACCGCUGCUGAAACGAUCAACAACUCUUUUGAAGGCCGUGAAUUCAUGGUUGCCACUAACACCGUUUACAACUACUGGUUGAAUGAAUUGUGUGAUGUGUACAUUGAAAACUCUAAGUAUUUGAUUCUCGAAGGUACUCCAGAACAACAAAAAUCUGCCAAGAACACCCUUUAUACUUGUAUCGAAGCUGCUCUUAAGAUGAUUCACCCAUUCAUGCCAUACGUCACUGAGGAAUUAUGGCAAAGAUUACCAAAGCGUCCUAACGACACUACUGAAUCCAUUGUUAUUGCUGCUUACCCAGAGUUCCAAGAAUACUUCAAGUUCCCAACUGCCGAUUCCCAAUACGAAUUGAUUUUGGACAUCACCAAAUCUAUCCGUUCCUUGUUGGCCCAAUACGACAUUAUUAAGAACGGUCAAGUUUACAUUGAAGCUUUGACAACCGAAGAUUAUGAAAUUGCUCAAUCUCAACAAGAUUUGAUUGUUUCAUUGAUCAAGGGUGUUAACAAGGUUGAAGUUCUUAAAAGUGGUGACGCAAUUCCAAGUGGAUGUGGUGCCGGUGCUGUGAACUCCAACAUUAAUGUCCAUGUCUUGGUUAAGGGUCAAAUUGAUAUUGAUGAGCAAAUCACCAAGAUCUCUAAGAAGUUGGAAAAGGCUAAGAAGAGCAAAGAAAACACAGAAAAGUUGAUCAACGCUAAAGAUUUUGCUGCCAAGGCCUCUCAAGAUGUUCAAGCUGCUACAUUAGAAAGAUUUGAAAACAUCAAGGCUGAUAUUGAUAUUUUGGAGAAUACUAUUUCCAGCUUAGAGAAGCUCAAGUUGUGA